UUAAGAGAGAAUUUGAUAUGGAUAACUUUGAUAUUGAAGACCCAUUGAAGAGCUUGGAAGAUCAUCAAUCUGAUUCAGUUCCAGCUCUCUUCUCUUCAGAAUCUCAUCACAUGCCUUCUCUCAACUACUUCUAUUGUUUAAAGACCAGUGACUUCCAUGUUUCUUUCCGGCAGGAAGCCAUUUCUCUCAUUUUGCAGGCGCAGUAUUCCUGUAACCUUGACCCUUACACGCAAUACCUGGCUAUCAACUACAUGGAUCGGUUCAUCUCUUGGCAAGAAAUCCCUCAAGGUAAUCCAUGGGUUGUGAGGCUCAUUGUGAUAGCUUGCAUUUCUCUGGCCGCGAAGAUGAAGGAAAUACAUUUCUCCUUCUCUGAUUUUCAGAGGGAAGAAAGAUUCAUAUUUGAUCCCCCAGUUAUCCAACGAAUGGAGCUUCUGGUUCUGGACGCCUUGAACUGGCGAAUGAGAUUGAUAACACCCUUCUCCUUCAUCACUUUCUAUUUAUCUUUGUUCGAACUUAAAGAUCUACCUUUGUCACAAGCAUUAAAAGACAGAGCAACCGAUAUAAUCUUCCAAGCUCCUAACGAAAUCAAUCUGUUAGAGUUCAAGCCAUCAAUAACUGCAGCGUCAGCUCUUCUUCUGGCAUGUCAUGAGCUAUUCCCGUUGCAGUUCCCAUCUUUCGAAAUCUCAAUUUUGUCUUGUGAAUACGUGAAUAAAGAGAUGGUGCAGAAAUGCUUUGAUGCAAUGCAAGAAAUGGUGAAUAACGAAGUGAGUGAAUCGAUGGUAGAGGUUGUGACAAGUUCAAGCACAAGAAACCCAAUAAGUGUUUUGGACUGCCACUGCAGCAAAUCAGAAAGCGAGAGUUCUACCAACAGCACCACGGCAGCCACCGUAACGCCCGAAAACAGAGGAAUCAAGCGACGCAAAUUGAAUGGUUUUUGCAGCGAAAGUAAUAUGAUGAACAUUUCCCAGAUUCAACCAUGUGAAUAAGAGUGUCAGCUAGGGAAAAGGGCCAUGAAUGGCACACUACCACUAUUAUAGCCCCUCAUUGUCUCGCCCUUUUCUUUGACUAGUAAAAAUUUUGAAAAAUAAAAUGAAAUAAUUGGAGACGAGAGAAAUUAGGCAAUCUAAUCCAUUUUGCUUGAUGGUUUAUUAUUUGUUUAUUUACUUGCCUCAUUAAAUUUAACCGGGUGACAUGCCAACUGUUGGAGAAGGAACAUGAAGUACCAAAACA